AUGUCUUUGGUUGGCGCUUACUAUGCUGGGAAGUCAGUCCUUGUUACAGGAGUCACAGGGUUUAUGGGCAAAGUCUUGGUCGAGAAGCUUCUCCGUUCUUGCCACGAUGUGAAAGCCAUCUAUGUGUGUGUGCGGCCCAAAGCUGGACAUUCCAUACAAACCCGAGUAGAGAAUAUGCUGAAAUGCAAGGUGUUUGAUAGAGUCCGGGAAGAAUGGCCCAAUUUCCAUGAGAAGAUUAAGCCCAUCAGUGCUGAGUUCACCCAGCCAAACCUGGCCAUCUCUUCCGAAGACAUGGAGCAGCUGCUCCCUCAGGUCAAUGUGAUCUUCCAUUGUGCUGCAACGGUUCGAUUUGAUGAGCCUCUGAAGGAUGCUCUUCUCCUGAAUGUUAUGGGUACCCAGCAGCUCCUGAGGCUGGCCCACCAAAUGAAGAACCUCGAAGCUCUCAUCCACGUUUCAACGGCCUUUUCAAACUGUAAUCGGAGGCACAUAGAGGAGGUCUUCUAUCCUGUUCCUGUGGAACCAACGAAGCUUUUGGACCUGCUGACGUGUAUGGAUGAGCCCCUCACCGAAGCGAUCACCCCCAAUUUGAUUGGAGACUGGCCUAACACAUACACUUUCUCCAAAGCUCUGACUGAACAUCUGAUCCAGCAGGAGAAAGGGGACUUGAAUGUUGCCAUCAUUCGACCCUCCAUCGUGGGGGCUAGUUGGCAGGAGCCCUUCCCGGGUUGGAUUGAUAACUACAAUAACAUAAGCGGCUCAUUAGUUGCGAUUGCAAAAGGGAUUUUACGGAGUGUGAAAUGCAAUCCAGGUGCAGUAGCUGAUGUUAUCCCAGUAGACCUGGCUAUCAACUUAACCAUCGCCGCUGGCUGGUACACUGCAGUUCACAGAACCAAAUCGCCCCUGAUUUACAACUGUACCUCGGGGACUCAACCAUUAUAUUGGGGAGAAAUAGUAAUCCAUAUGAAGCACAUGUUUGAAAAAAACCCAGUGGAGAAACCCUUCCGAAUACCAAAUGCCACCAUGACCUCCAGCCAUUUGAUCCAUCAGUACUGGACGUUUGUCUGUCACACCAUUCCUGCUUUUCUCUGCGACCUCUACCUGCAGCUGAUUGGAAAGAAGCCACGGAUGAGGAAGCUUUUUACUCGCUUGGAAAAGGCCAUGAGUCGCCUUGUUUUUACCAGUCAUUCCUGGGAUUGGAGCUCCGACAAUACAAACAUGUUGAUGAAAAGCUCAAUCAAAAGACAAAAACGUAAUGAGAGAUUAUUCUCCUUUGAUGUUUGUCAAGUGAAUUGGUCAGAAUACAUACAAAAUUACUACUUGGGAACUAAGAAAUAUCUGCUGAAGGAAGACAUGGCUGGAAUUCCUGCGGCCCAACAGCAUAUUAGAAUGCUAAAGACCAUCCACUGUGCACUGAAGGCCCUUCUCUUUGUGAUCACCUGGCGUAUAUUCGUUGCAAGAUCAAAAGUCGCUCAGGAUAUUGUGUGUUUUUUAUUAAACCUCUGCUACAAGUUUUUCAGCUACGCUAGAGCUUCCAGCACCCUUAGACAUUGA